UCUGAGAUCCGUAGCUAUGUAAAAUGAAUCCGCACUCUCAAGCCAAGAGGAGAGUUGUUCUUUGGACGCUGAUAGCGGCCGCUGUGGGACUGGGUUUUGGAAUGAUUAUUGGGCGGUUCGGAUUUCUUACAGACAAGGGUGAUCAAAAUGCUCCAGGAAUUUCAGACGCCAUUGUCCAAGACGGGAACCCGGCGAUCUCCUCGGAGAUCAUCGGUCAGAUCAACAGCGACAACAUCAGACAGUAUUUACGAGAGCUGUCAGAAUUACCCCAUCUUGCAGGGACCAGUGCAGAUUAUGAACAGGCUAAGGGACUCCAUGACUUUUGGAAAUCAGUGGGUCUUGAUGAAGUGUUCAUCACGCCAUACGAAGUUCUCUUGUCCUACCCUGAUACCAACGACGAAACCAAGAUGAAUAGGAUCUUCGUCUACAAUUCGACAGAUCACGUGGUCUGGCAGUCUGCCCUGUAUGAACCAAUAUUGGACCCCAGUGAAAACAAGUCAAACGUUGUACCUCCAUUUAAUGCGUAUUCUGCACCUGGAGAUAUCAAUUCAACAGACUUGGUAUAUGUGAACUAUGGCAGAGUUGAAGAUUACAGAUGGCUGGCUAACAACACCAAUAUUAGCAUCACGGGGAAAAUUGUACUGGUUCGAUACGGCAAGAUCUUCAGAGGGGACAAGGCCCAUCUAGCACAUUUGCAUGGAGCUAAAGGAAUUAUUAUGUACUCCGACCCCGCAGAUUACGCUGUAGACGGGGAGAAUUCACAGGUCUAUCCUCACGACUGGUGGCUGCCAGAUACGGGAACACAGAGGGGGACAAUAUUUCUUAGAAAUGGCGAUCCUCUUACUCCAGGAUAUCCAGCUACAGAGAAUGCAUACAGACUAAAUGAAAGUGACCCAGAAGCACAGCUUCCAAAGAUCACAGCUCAUCCCAUCGGAUAUGGUGUUGCCAAAACGCUUAUUGGAUAUAUGAGCGGUGAUGAAGUCCCGGACAGCUGGAAGGGAGCACUUAAUAUAACCUACAGAUAUGGCGGGCAAUUGAAAGAUUCAGGAUGGUGGGUGAGAAUGAGAAUAUCUACUAAAAAUGAAAGGAGAAAAACCUACAAUGUUUUUGGGCUUAUCCGAGGAAAAGUUGAACCUGACAGGUAUGUCUUACUAGGAAACCAUCGAGACGCCUGGGUGUUUGGAGCGAUCGAUCCUUCGAGUGGAACAGCGGUAAUGAAAGAGGUGUCCCGAGUGAUGGGAAACCUUGUUCAAUCAAACAAAUGGCGUCCACGGAGAACGAUUGUGUUCUGUAGCUGGGGUGCAGAAGAAUACGGACUCAUAGGAUCUACUGAAUGGAUAGAGCAAUACGUAAAGAAUCUCGCCUCUCGUGCUGUUGCGUAUUUGAAUGUGGAUAUUGCAGUAGAAGGUAAUUAUUCGAUUCGAUCACUCGGCACACCGCUUUUAAAUGCUGCUGUAUAUGAUGCAACAAAAAAGAUUCCAAACCCCGAUCUGGAACACACCACAACGAAAACUGUCUUUGACAGAUGGCUGUCUAGCUUUCCAAAUGUCAACAACACUUUGCCGCGAAUUUCUGACAUGGGGUCUGGAAGUGAUUACGCUUCGUUUAUCACACAAGUUGGCCUACCAUGUCUUGACAUAGGGUACACAUACAACUCGAACAGAUACAAGAUAUCCUCUUACCCACUUUAUCAUUCAAAAUACGAAACUUUCAAAGUGCUGGAUGAGAUUAUGGACCGCGGAUUCAAGUACCAUCGAGCAGUGGGGCAAACGUGGGCUGAGAUAGCACGAAACCUUGCCGACUCCUUAAUCAUUCCCUUCAAAGUUCAGGACUACGCUGACAAACUCGAUAACCUCGUCAAACAACUCGACACUGAUUUUGGACACUUGAUGCGAAGAAACGGCAUUCAAUUUGAAUUACUUUACAACGUUUCACGUCUUUUCACAUCAGAGACGGCUGCAUUUCAAACAUACGUGGACUCUGUAGACAAGAAAGAUCCAUUUGCAAUUCGGAAAAUCAACGACCAGCUUCUACAACUGGAGCGGGCGUUUACUGAUUCCCUAGGUCUACCAGGGCGCCCCUUAGCCAGGCACGUUCUGUUUGCGGAGAGUAGUGUCAAUACAUACGCUGGAAGCAGUUUUCCAGGGCUGGCUGAUGGUAUGUUUGAGAUUGAAGGAAGUUCAGAUGAACAGAGCAGAUGGAACAUUGUUAAGAAACAUUUUACUGUGAUUCUUCAUACAAUUGAGUCCGCCGCCUCCACACUCCGUGACGUCUCGAAGUUCAUGUCUUAACACGAGUCAGAAACGAUGAGAAAUGUGUAAAUACUAUAUAGGAGAAUCAAACUGAUCUAAGAUCAUACAUUGAUUCAUUUGGAAUAUCAUAUUCCAAAAACAUUAAAAAAAAAAAUGUUAAUACACACUUAUGUCUUCAUAAUAAAUGUUCGAUGUGACCGGUGGACCGAGCGAAGCAUGUCAUUUUUGACGUGUCCCAGAUGAUAAUUUUAGUUCGGUUAAGUAUGGUAAAUUAGAAAUAGAAAUUCAAUUCACUUGAAAAUAUAUAUUAUUUUAUGAAAUUCACCUUGCGCUAAACGGCCAAUAAUAUCCAAAUAUCAGAUCGGGAAUAUAUGAGGAUAACAUGACGUAAACUGUGCAUUGUGAUGUCACAUACAUUAGCCUCGACUUUUUUUCUUUCAAACGUAAUAAUUAGAUCUUAUAAACAACAUCACAUCUUCAAUACCUAUACAAACACUCCACAAAAUAAGAAGGUCGUCACUUGAAAACUGUGGGAGGAGUAGGGCGGACAAAUUAUGUACUCUCCAUAGAAUAUUAAUUUCCAAAUAGACUAAGUUCAACAACCUGCAAUUUUCUCAAAAAUUGCAGAAAA